GCUAAUAUAAGGCCGCGUGACUCCUAAGCUUAGGGUCGUGAUUCCUAGGUCCGUUGCUUCUGCAGCGCCAGCAAUGGAUGCCACCUCCUGGCGGCGCCUUACUUAAGCCACUGAGAUGCCUGCAACGGACCAAGCCAGAAGGAGCCUCUCCAUCAGAGCAUCUGUGCCUGCACUGCGGAAACCGAGGUCUUGGGCACCUCCAUCUUGCGUGGGCCGUCCAGUGCGAAAAGCAACCUGCUUUUUCCAUAGAGACAGGUCGCAAGCCGUUAGCAGCUGCCGUUUCGCGUCCGCCUGACCCGGGACCUGGAUGGUAACAAUCUCUUGAGAAUGGCAACUUCUUAAGCCGAGUGUCUUUAGGACACUUUUUUGGAAAUGGAUUCAGAGUCCUGCACCCGAGCUUUUUCUCAGGCCCGGGUAUAUCUUGAACAAAUUAGAAGCCGGGUUGCACCAGGGAGUAUUGACGUACAUGGUCCUGGGAAACGCGACUACCUGGUGGAUGCAGCUAAACAGAUCCGCCUGGCUCUAGAACGGGAUGUAAGUGAAGACUAUGAAGAAGCAUUCAACCACUACAAGAAUGGUGUGGAUGUGCUACUCAGUGGGGUGCAAGUGGAUCCUAACAAAGAGCGCCGUGAGGCCGUGAAGCGGAAGAUCACCCAAUAUUUAAAACGGGCAGAGGAGAUCUUCAACUGCCACCUACAACGGAAUCUGGGGAAUGGCAAUUCCAUUGAAACGGGUUACAGCAGUCUUCGCUUUCGUCCUAUAAGGACACUCAGCACACCAGUGGAGAACCUUAAGCACUGUAAAGUAGUGGGAAUAAUUGAUAAGGUGCAAAUAGUUCAGGAUCCAGCUACUGGGGACACCUUUAUAUUGAAGAGCAUCCCCAAAUCCCAUGUGGAGACCCGGGAAAGACAGACCAUCAUCCCACAUGGAAUCCCCUUCAUGACAGAAUUAUUGUGCUAUUCUGUAAGUAAGGACUCCAUCUUCCUCCAUUUGGAACAUGUGAAAGGAGGAAACCUCUGGUUAUAUCUUAAUUCACAACAUGGUUCUGCCUCUGUCCGCUCUCCCUUGUUGAGUCCAAAGCUCACAUUGGAUUUUGGGUAUACCAAGGAGGAGGAGCACAUAGGAAAGCUUCAAGAAACUGGUUCUGAGUCUCAGCACAGCUGCAAUAUCUAUCCUGAAAACAAUAAUGACCCAAUUCCUAUAUUUGUAAAUCAUCCCCUAUUGAAAAAAAUGGACUAUUUGUUGUCUACGAAGCAGUCAUCCAACCACCUUUCUGCUAGAACCUUGAGUGACCACAGGUGGUAUAAUGAAAAGGCAGGUGGACCAUGGAAGAAGAAUCUAAGCACAACACACCCCUUUCCUGGUGCUACAGAAUCUACAUUCAAAACAGUACCUCAGGAACAUAACUCAGUCAGCCAGAGACUGACUUUCAGGUCCUGUGAUUCACUUAUGACAAUUGAUGGCAGCAGAAGUAUAUCUGAGAAAGAGGCUCCUCAGCCAGAAUCAAAACCACAAACAGGUGAAAGACUUAGACAUUCUGCCUUGGAAGCAACAAGAGGAUACAACAAAUCAAAGACAGAAACUCCAUGGCAAAAACAAUUGUAUCCUGGAACUCUUGAGGAGGACCAUGGGGAGAAGAUAGAAAUGAGAGAAGAAGAGACUUUUGUGCAGAGAGCACUGAUUCUUGAUCACAAACAUCUCAAAACCCAAUCAAGAGUAGGGUGGCAUGGAUCUUCAGUGGAACCAGUUGUCCAAAGCCAUAGCCCUGUCAUUUGGAGCAUAAAUGAGGAGCAGGUCCAAGUUUGGGCAGCAGAAUUGAUUUUGGCUCUGGAAGGUCUCCACCAACAGGGAAUCCUGUGCCAGGAUCUCAACCCACGAAAUCUGCUAUUAGAUGACACUGGUCACCUCCGUCUCACUUACUUUGGCCAGUGGAGUGAGGUUGAGCCGCAGUGUAGCAGCCAAGCAGUAGACGAUUUGUAUUGUGCUCCAGAGGUGGGUGGAAUUUCUGAACUGACAGAAGCCUGUGAUUGGUGGAGUUUUGGUGCGCUGCUUUAUGAGUUAUUGAAUGGAGUGUCUUUAUCGCAGAAUCACCCCUCAGGGAUUCAUCCACACACCCAGAUCCAUCUUCCAGAAAAGCUCAGCCAGUCUGCUUCAUCACUGCUGUCAGAGCUGCUGCAGUACGAUCCUAAGCAACGUUUGGGCUCUGGUGAAAAUGGUGCAAGCAAGAUUAAGUCACACAUUUUUUUCAGUUCGAUCCAAUGGAAUAAGAUGGUUGCAAACUAAGUUCUAAAUGCAAGGGAUAGUGGUAGGAUUAUGCUUGGUAGAAAACCAAAUUGAGUCUGUUGAAUUGUGCUCCAGACAGAUGAUCCACAUCCUUUCAAAAGCACUUGUUCCUGUAUGAUACACUGAGCCUUAUGAAUCGGAGACAUUGGCACUGCCAUUGCUUGGGGAAGAAUCCACAGAACUGGGCUGGGACCUGUGUGCUUAGACUUCUGCUCCUAUUCUGCUUCCUAACCCUGUGCCAGUAGCAGCUUCACAAAAAUCCUAGCCAUCUCAAGAUUCCUGUAAGGCAGUGAUGACAACUGUGGAGCCCUAAAGAUGUCCAAUGGUAACACAAUAGUUGAAGUCAAACACCCUGCCAUUGCUGCAAACUCUGGCACUUAAAGACCAAAUAUGGUGUGUCCUUACAACAGUAUAAGUAGGGCCUCAUUUUCUUAUCCUACUUGAUUUUCCCCCAAAAAAUAUGACCAGAAGGAGAUAGCUUUACAUUGUAUUUGUUCCUGUAUCUUAUGUUUAGGUCAGCUUUCCAGUUGGUUCUUUAAUCUUUCCUUUGUACGCAUUUGCCCUAUAAAAUCCUCACAUUUGUCACCCCAUUGUUUUUUAUUUGAAGCACAUUACAACUUUUGCAGGUUGGUGGUGCAGUUCUAUGAAUGUACCACUAGAGGGACAUUUUCAGUGACCUUUAUGUACUACAGCUUGCAUGUCCUCUUCAGAAAAUGACUUCUUUGUAGAACUGUGACUUUUUACCUAGCAAGGAAGUGAGCAGAAGACCACUCUUUGGACUCCUUUCUGUGGAUCGUCCAUUGUCUUGUCUCUAAUUAUUGUAACAUCAAUAAAACAACUGGAGCACAAGGACUUUUGUGAAUCUCUAGAAAUGUUGCCACCUGCCUCAAAUAAGGUUUUCAAAAGGCCUAGAUUGGACAGUACCAGAAGAGCCACACUAAUGCUACAGGUCUAGCAGUGCUACUAGAAAUGGCACAUGUAUUGAGGUGGUCAUGCUGUCUGGGCCCCAGUUGCAGAGCGUACAUGGAUGCUGGAUGGACAAAGCUGUGCAACAAUACCUUAUUUGAGGCAAAGGAAGAAAACUUCUGCCCUCAAACAGAAAAUGGAAGCAAGUUCUGGUUAAGGUUGGAAAUGUUUUUUUGUCAUAUGAUUCACUUAACACUGACUCUCUGACAUCCUAAAUAGUGCAUAGAGUGUGUGGCACAAUCUUUUUCCAAUCAUGUUUUUCUUCACAUAUAAACAGCUCUUUAAUAUGAGUCUGUAAAUAACAUUAAGCCUAAUGGUGAUUUGUUGGACUAAUCACUGAGGGCUAACACACAUAAAUAAAUUGAACACAUUACAGCUUGUUAAUGUUAAACAGAAUAUACUAAUCAGGCCAUAUUUAAAUCCCAUGGAGAAAAGCCAAGUCUGGUCUCAACCCACUGAGCCAACACUGAACUAUAUUCAGCCUGAGAUUUACUUUUACUAAAUCUCAGCAGCUGAAGAUUCUCAUUUAAUUAGUUCGUCUGAUUAGAUUUUUAGAGUGAGCACAGCAACAGUUCUCAACAGCUGCCUGUAGAACAUUUCAUUUUCCUUCUGUGAAAGGCUGCAAAACCUUUCUAAUCAUCCCAGAGAUAAUCAGCAACAACACUCAUGCAUAAUUUCCUUGUUUUAUUUUGUUUUAAAAUCUGUUGUUAAAUAUUUUAAUUACAAGUUCUGUGCAGUGGACAAGAGUAAUAAACCCUGCAGGCACUAGCAACCCUCUUACUCAACAAUACAUGUGCACACUAUUGUACUAAGGAUAUGUCCCCAUGAACCAGCAGUCUUAUGUCAGGAUAUAUGCCAGAGACACUGUAGUCCCAACUCACAAUACC